UCUCUCUCUCUUUCUUUCUCAGUUUCUUGCUAUAGAGGGCUCCAAAAGCAGUUCCCAAGCAGUGUGCUCUGUGUUUGCAUGCUGCUAGUUAAUGCCAGUGCGAGCACGCAGUCCAUGUGCUCUGUAUGGAUUUUGAUGCUAUCCUGUAUAGCUUGACUCUCUGGAAGCAGGCAAGACGAUGGCCAGCACACCCCAUGACCCUUUUUAUUCUUCUCCUUUUGGCCCUUUCUACAGAAGGCAUACUCCGUACACAGUGCAACCAGAGUAUCGAAUAUAUGAGAUGAACAAGAGGCUGCAGUCUCGUACUGAGGACAGUGACAAUCUUUGGUGGGAUGCCUUUGCAACAGAAUUUUUUGAAGAUGAUGCAACAUUAACAUUAUCAUUUUGUUUAGAAGAUGGACCAAAGAGAUACACCAUCGGAAGGACUCUCAUUCCGCGAUACUUUAGUACAGUUUUUGAAGGGGGUGUUACGGACCUGUAUUACAUUCUCAAGCAUGCCAAAGAAGCUUACCACAACUCAUCUAUCACAGUGGACUGCGAUCAAUGCACUAUGGUCACUCAGCAUGGAAAACCCAUGUUCACAAAGGUAUGCACCGAAGGACGACUCAUUUUGGAGUUCACAUUUGAUGACCUAAUGAGGAUUAAGACAUGGCACUUUACAAUUAGACAAUACAGAGAAUUAGUACCUCGCAGCAUAUUAGCCAUGCACGCACAAGAUCCUCAGGUCCUGGAACAACUGUCCAAAAAUAUUACUCGAAUGGGUCUAACCAACUUUACCCUCAACUACCUCAGGUUGUGUGUUAUUUUGGAGCCAAUGCAAGAAUUAAUGUCCAGACAUAAAACAUACAAUCUAAGCCCUCGGGACUGCCUGAAGACAUGCCUAUUUCAAAAAUGGCAGAGGAUGGUUGCUCCACCAGCAGAACCCACAAGACAGACGACCACAAAAAGAAGGAAAAGGAAAAAUUCAACAAGCAGCACCUCAAACAGCAACGCUGGGAACAAUGCAAACAGCGCGUACAGCAAGAAAAAAGUACCAGCAGCGAGUCUCAAUCUGUCCAGUCAAGUUCCUUUCAUCACUACAAAAAAAUUCAUAGGAGAUAAGACACGAGUGAGGAGGAAUUAUCGUGGAAUACGAAACGGUUUGGAUGUUAUGGUGGUAGGAGAACCAACUUUGAUGGGAGGAGAAUUUGGAGAUGAAGAUGAAAGGCUUAUCACUAGACUAGAAAAUACACAAUAUGAUGCAGCGAAUGGUAUGGAUGAUGAAGAAGAUUUCAACAAUUCACCUGCUUUGGGAAACAAUAGCCCAUGGAACAACAAACCAGCACCUAAUCCAGAGACCAAACCUGACAACCCAACGCAACAAGCAUCCCAAUAGGUUGAGUCACCACCCAAGAAUUCACUGUUGUGUAGGAUGAGUUACAAUUACAAUUCAUUGCAUUAUAUUGUACAGUAUAAUUAUACUCUAGGGUAUGAUUACUGUAACCAAGAACGUUUUGCACAUGUACCUAUUUCUUAACAACUUUUAAUUAUUUUGAUAGGUGUGCAAUGACUGGAAGUCUCCUCAUUGGUUUCAGUAGGUUUCUUUGUUGCUUGUGAUACAUUAGCCAAUGGUCCUCAAACAAGUCUUCAACGGCCACAGGUCAACAUAUAUCCGAACCUUUGUUAAAAAUGUAUAAUUGGUUUAAAAAGCACUACCACUUUGGAAAACCUGCUAUAUAGAAUAUGUUUAGAUAUAGUAAAAUUAACAUUAUAGUGUUAGGAGACAAAGCUCGAUUCCUAAUACUAUAGUGUCCCUCUGCCCCCUCACCUCACCUUGUUGUACGCAAAGUGUUAACUAACCCUUUAAAUACUAACCUUAAUCCAGCGCCACAGUCCCUCGAUGCUGUCUCCAUCUUCUCCUCCGAUGUCAUUGCGAGAGGGAGUCUAAUGCGCAUGGGCGGUGAGAUAGGCCUUCCCCAUAGGAAAGCAUUGAAUCAAUGCUUUCCUACGCGGAUUUAGAAGAUGCUGGACAUCCUCAUGCAAACGUUUCAAACAUAAACCCCAUGAAACUCCAUGAAAAAGCAGAAAGCAAAUAAAAACACUGCAAUGUUUUCAGCUGCAGGAUUAAAGGGGACAGGGACACUGCACCCAGACCACUUUAAUCAGCUUAAGUGGUCUGGGUGAAUUUAGUGUCCUUUUAAAAACAAAAUGAUUCCUCUUCAUAAACCUGUUCUCUUCAUACAACAUUUAUUAAGUCAAUAGUGAAAACAAAACAAUUAACAGUACUAGCCAGUUUGUUGCA